CUCCAUCAGCAGUGACCGACGAGAGAAGAACUCCCUCCCACUAGCAUUUCUAGCUAGCUACUUCUGCUGCUCGGUCUUUAUUGUGCGGCCAAAAUCAGCCAGCCAUCGGGCCCAGUUCGCCAAGGAAAACAUACAUUUUGGACCAUAAAAUAGAGUGGUUCCCCAGGUGUUGCAUCCUAUAGUGUCACAUUCACCUGGUAGAGCAACACUGCAGCACCACUGGCCGCUCUGUGACCCAAGUAAAUAAUGUGCUGCAGCUGAAGAUGGGUGGUAGCGGCUCCAAGUCCAAAGGAUUUUGGCCUUUUUCUGGCUCAGGCGGCAGUGGCGACGACCAAACCAAAGAUGCAAAUGAGCAGAUGUUGGCGAGAGUGCGAAGUUUCCCGGGUGCAACACCUUUUGUGUUUACCCGACGAAGUUCUUUAUACUUGGACGAAGAUGGCGACCUGGCCCACGAGUUCUAUGAAGAGACUAUUGUGACAAAAAAUGGGCGUAAGAAAGCCAAGCUGAGAAGGAUUUAUAAAAACUUGACACCUCAGGGAAUCAUAAAGCUGGACCACCCUUGCAUCCAUGUCGAUUUCCCCGUCGUCCUCUGCGAAGCCUGACGACGUUUGAGCAUCGUCCUCAAGACAAAAUUGCAACGUCAGCUCCGUUUGGCGGUUAAGCCCUGCAAAGCUGGAGACCAGACACUUUCAAAUAACACAUCACUCUCUCUGUGUGUAUAUAUAUAUAUAUAUAUAUAGUAUAUAUAUAUGUAUGUAUCAUAUAUAUACAUAUAAUAUAUAUGUUUAUAUAUAUAUAUUUAUAUAUAUGAAGAACACCCGUGUUCAGGAUGAUGUCAUGUGAGCUGGGUCUCUGCAUGUGAUCUGUUGUUAGCAGCUUUGUGUGCAGUCGGAACACAUCAUAGGACACCUAAAGAAGAAUGAAGGAUGUCCGUCAAUUUGGGAGAUCAUGAUAUUCGGUUUACAUGGUGUGUAUGUAUGUAUGCAUGUAUGUGUGCUGACGCAGACUCAAUCAAUUGCUGCUGUUUAUUUGCAGGUGUGAUUCUCUCAACUCUUUGAGGGGGAUUCUUACCGUCACGUGGUACUUUCUAGAAAAGGAAAGUUUAGAUGCACACUUUUUUUUGGAUUGUUUUCCGUCUUUUACUUUGUCAUGCAUGGGAAAUGAUCCGAUGAUUGCUAACAGUAACACAAGGAGCUGACAAUCAGAGGCCCUGAAUUGAAAGUGAUUUACCUUAAUGAGUUUGGCGUGCUUUCACACAAUUGCAACACCGGUAGAGACGUCUGCUGUGAGACACCGUUUUCUUUUGCUGCUUCUGCGUAUCAUAUUUCACAUGUAAUUUAUUAUAAUUGUUUUUUAAUUACACUUUAAAAAUGC